CAAAGGGAGUGGUGCAUGGUAUCAGACACUGAUGAAACGUCUUUCUUGUUGUUUCAGCAACGUAUUGAGAUUCAUAAACUGCGCCAAGGGGAAAACCUAAUCCUUGGGUUUAGCAUAGGCGGGGGAAUCGAUCAAGACCCAGGACAGAACCCCUAUUCCGAGGACAAGUCUGACAAGGGUAUCUAUGUAACCAGAGUGAGCGAGGGGGGACCAGCUGAAGUAGCAGGUCUACACACUGGAGACAAAAUUAUGCAGGUGAACGGCUGGGAUAUGACUAUGGUAACCCACGAUCAGGCACGGAAAAGGCUCACUAAGAAAAACGAAGACGUGGUGCGCCUGCUGGUGACAAGGACAAAUCUGGAGAACGUUGUCCGGCAAUCGAUGCAAUAAGCGACUGGAUAGAGACCAAAACAAAUCCGUAUUUAUAACACAUGCAGAGGGUGGAGGUAAUAGAAAAGGGUAACAAGAAGUGGCACGUCACGUUGACAAAGAUUUCUGUUGAUUUUAUUUUAAAUUUUAAUUUCAUGCCUUACUCCUGUUUCGUGCUCUACCUUUUUACUAUGCAAACAGAACCCAAUUAGCCCUAAUCUAGAGCCACCUGACGCUACCCGAGUUAAACAAGACUAGUGUAAUUAGGAAACCAGUGUGGUAUCAAAGUAAAACAGAAUUUAACACUGCUAGGCAUUUCAGUGUGCUUUACAAAUGUUCUGGGAACAUAUAGAGGGGUCAUACUUUUAACAAAAUGUUUUUUUUGUUUUUUUUCAUUUCAUACAUCCAUACAUAAUCGAUACCAAAGUAAAGGAGAGUCCCAGGUGCUAGCUGGAAACGCAAUGUGGGGUAUGGUGCUGUCUUUAUUAUCUAACCAUUCUUCGAAUGCCUUUUAAACUUGCUAUGUUAGCUGUUAGCUAAACCCUAAGAGAUGGGGUUAGUUAGAGGGAACAAUAACAUACCAACAAGUGCCUUUGUUCCUUUUCCUUUAAAAGCUAUCAGCAAUUAAACCAAAACUAGAGGGGGGAAUGGGGACCACUCAAAGGACGUGGUUUCCCAUGCUUUCUUGUACAUGUAUUUUUACACUGAAGCAGUAUUAAAAUUACCUAAGCCAACAAGUGAUGCCCCUGCAUCAAUAUACAUUUAACACAAACUAAAAGUGGACUUUUUUUAAAAUAUCAGACAGGCUUACUGUGGAAAAAAACAAAACAACUGAGUGCUGUCUACUUCCUGGCCCAGGGCUUGGGUUGCUAAGUCUUUUAAAAUGAUUGUAAUCCAGUUUAAUUAGGCUCUUGCUCACAAGGAAAAGACGUCAUAAAGACCUAUUAGUCCCUUUGUGUAACUGACUGAAUGGGCGUUCUACCAGAUAUACAAUACCAAGCCAUAUUAUUAUAUAUUUUCUAUACGGUACCUCCCUUAAUUUCUUUAAAGAGCUUUUAAUCUGUGUUUGCUUUUCAGUAACUCUACCCACAGCGCUUCCUUUAAGACAGCAGAUAGUCAUUCGGAAAGUUUCUAACACUAAUUUUCAAGAAUCCCAACCGCAUUUACUCGGUUCAAUGUAUUUUUUUUAUUGUAAGCUCUUUUGUUAUAACACUAAUUGUUCUGAUCUGUGUUAGCUAAUGGUUAUGUCCAGGAUAGCAGCUUGAUGCUGUCACCUGCCCAAUAACUAUUAGUCUUCCUGAUUUGUACUGCUGAAAGUAAUAACAUUUCUCAAAAAGUA